UCUCUUGCUCUCCCGCCCUCCCUCCCGAGACCACUGCCGAACUGGGCGUCAGCUCGCGGAGGGCUUCGGGUGUCCGCCUGGCGCCGCCCCGCCAGCAGCGACUUUCGCACCUCUGCACUCGCGCUGGAGGCAGGAGCUGCAUGGAUCACUGGCUCGACUGCGGUGCGCGACACACCGAGCCCCCGUCACCCCCGGUCCGGGCGACCCCUCCCGGGUCAGCCCUCGUCCUGAGCCGCCCUGGGCCCCCAACGGUCGGCGCCCGCACCCCGGCUCCUGCACUCCCGCGGUGGCCGCCCCCCACCCUGAACACGGACUCCGCCUCCUCCGCCGCUUUCCACCCGGAGGCAGUGGGCUGCGACCGGCACCUGGGGAGCAAUGCCAAGGAAGACAGCUGUGGUGUCUGUGCUGGUGAUGGCGCCACCUGCAGGCUGGGGCGGGGACACUCACAGUCACAGGCUUCUCCUGAAAACAAUUUUGCUUUGGAAACAAACCCUUCUGACCAGCCAAGGGCAAGCACAAUUUUCCGAAGCAAAUCUCAAACGGAUGUGCGAGAAAAGGGGAAGAGCAACCAUCUAAACCAUGUAUCUCCAGGGCAGCUUACUAAAAAGUAUAGCUCAUGCUCAACAAUAUUUCUAGAUGACAGCACAGUCAGCCAGCCUAAUCUUACAACCACAAUAAAAUGUGUGACCUUAGCAAUCUAUUACCACAUAAAGAACAGAGAUGCAAAUAGAUCCCUGGAUAUUUUUGAUGAGAGAUCACAUUCACUCACACAAGAAAAGCUUCCAGAGGAAUACUUUAAGCGUGAUCCUGAACAUAAAUUCAUUUACAGAUUUGUUUGCGUUCUGUUUAGUGCUGCACAACUACCUGCUGAGUGUGCCAUAGUAACUUUGGUUUACUUAGAAAGGCUUUUAACUUACGCUGAGAUCGAUCUUUGCCCCACUAACUGGAGAAGAAUUGUUUUGGGAGCCAUUCUUCUUGCCUCCAAGGUUGGGGACCAUCAGCCUCUAUGGAAUGUGGACUACUGCCUGAUCCUCAAGGACAUUAUAGUUGAGGACAUGACUGAGCUGGAAAGGCACUUUCUGGAGCUGCUUCAGUUUAAUAUUAAUGUUCCUGCCAGUGUUUAUGUCAAAUACUACUUUGACCUCCGCUCCUUAGCAGAUGACAACAACCUGAGCUUUCUGUUCGCUCCUCUCAGCAAAGAGCGGGCACAGAACCUAGAGGCCAUUUCCAGAUUGUGUGACGACAAAUACAAAGACUUGUGCAGAAGUGCUGUAAGAAGGUCCUUCAGUGCUGAUCAUUUCAUCGGUAUUCAGCACUCCAGUGCCAUCCUCUCUUAAGGAAGAAGUGAGGGUUUGUAACAUCAGAAACCCCUCGCAACGAGGACUGGAGAAAUAUCACCUCUCCUGUUCAGAAACCAGCAAAGUUAGUAUUUUCACCUAAAAGAAAGACAUUGAAUUCAAGAGACUCACGGACAGCGAGGAUUAUAUAUGCUCAUAGGAAAGAACGGGACCUUGUCAAUGCAACACACUCUUCUGUCCUUUUUAAUGUAAACAGAGUUACAAAAACCACUCCAAAGCUAAAAGCUCCCAACCCACACACAGUUGUUUGCUUACUCUGUAGGCCAAUAGCUCUGAACGAUGUGAGGUUUUUUAAUUAGCAGUUUAAAUUUUUAGACUUUAAAGACACUAACUAUAUAACAUUUACGUUUUCCCUGCUUUUCUUGCCCCACUCCCCCAUGUUGCUGCAUAUUCCUUUAGAAUCAAUGCAGUAUUACCAUUAAAACAUGGGCCUCCUAACAACUCAUAAAGCCACUUAGGAACAGACUGUUGUAGCAUUGUUCAGUUUGAAGGCUUCUUCCUCCCUACUACAUCAUUGAAGCUGCUUGUCAUUAUUGGCAAUCGAUUUAAACCAAAAAGCUGCUGAAUAACACUUGUCAUUCAAAUUCUUUGCAAGCACUACUUCUUAGCAUUAUUAGCGUGUUUGGGAUCAAAAGCAGAGAAAGUAUGUUAUCAUCUGCUUCUGUUGAGUCCGUGCUGCAUUUCUUUUUGACUCUAAUGGUGCUUCUCAUUUUCUGAUGAUUUUCCUCUUUGUUAAGUACUUGUGUGAAAGGCUGUUUUCCUAAUUCCAGCCAACAUGGCGGUCCAGUAAUUAGCAAGCAGGUAAUAAAGUAGAAGGUGUCCCAAAAGUCUUAGUGCAAUUUUAAGCUUUAAUAUAAGUGUGCUUGACACUGCAGGACACUGUUGCAGAAGUAUAAAUGCUACAGACUGGCAGACCAUCAUUUGAAAGUCUACUUGGAUGUCUUCUGAACUCAUUUAGUUUUGUAAAUUUUAAACAUUAAGCUUUUAAUUUUAAUUUUUUGUUUCAGCCCCUCUUGAAGAUAGCAAACAAUGGGCCGAAACAAAAAAUUAAAAUUAAGAGCUUAGUAUCUCUCUUUUAGGAGAUUGGUAAUGAUGUCACCUAAACUUGAAAUAUUAAAAAACAAAAAAGAAAGAAAGAAAGAAAGAUUAGUGUUCUCAACUAUGUGAAAUCUUUUUCCGCCUAUCUUCUCAAAUACAGUCCUAGGAAUUUUGCCUGUAAACAAAGCAUUUCUGGGCCAGAAAUACCUUCUCUCUUUAUAGCAAGGCUUCACAUUAUAUUGAGUGCUGCAGGUUCCAUCGUUUUUAAAGGACAGAGACCUAAAUGAUAAAUAAUGGUAUAUAAAAUAUUACAGUCUACCACCUCAAAAAAUAUUGCUUAUGCAGUUUGGAGCUUGGAAACUCAAGUAUUGAUUGCAGUUUUAUUUUGAAAAGAAUGCUACAACUUAUGUGGUUUUUCUUCCUCAUGUUUAUAUUAAAAGAAAAGCUAAUAAGCUCUAUUUUAAUUAAAAUAUAUUGGCUGCUGUGUUUGUAACACUUCUCACUAUUCACAUAACAUUACGACUCUGCCUAACUCAGAUGUUUUCAGUCAGCUCUGAUAGUUGGCUUUAAAGCACUUUCAGACUAACCAUUCAUAAGUUGUUUUGACCCUUGCCUUUAGUUCAGGUGUAGUCAUUUAUUUCUUUGGCUUAUGCUGUUUUCAAUCUGAAGAUAAUUUAGAACACCGAAAAUCACUGGCUACAGUGCUCAGUGGCAGAGUGCACUAGAUGGCAUUUGCAAUUGUUUUUGUGCCAAGAGGGAAAAGCAGGUAGAAGGAAAAGUAGGCAGAAUACAGAGAAAAAGGAAUUACAGGAAUACUGUAGAAUCAGAACAUGAGUUAUUUGAGGAUUUCAAGCAAUGGAACAAAAGAAAAUGGAAGAACAGGAAGUACUAGAAUUGUGGUUGCUGUAAAGAGGGUGACUUUUAAAUAAGCCACAUAAUAUUACUUUUAAAUGCUAUCUCCACUUACCUUUCCAUUAGAAAUAUACCAGCUCUCUUUAAGGUUCUUUAAGGCUCUAGCCCCUGCGCUUGAGCAAUAUUCCAUUAGUCCUGAUAGUACUGCUGUGUUUUCAUCCACCUGAAUUCACUACCUACGGUCAGAUCUUUAACUUUGUUCUUGAUAAGUUUUUUUUUUUCUUUAAGCUCUUUAUUGGAAUAUAAUUGCUUUACACUCUUGUACCAGCUUUUGAGGUACACCAAAGUGAAUAAGCUGUAUUUAUACAUAUAUCCCCUCCCUCCUGCAACUCCCUCCUGCUCUCCCUGUCCUGGCCCUCUAAGGCAUCACCCAUCAUCGAGUUGAUCUCCCUUUGUUAUACAGCAACUUCCCACUAUUUACCUCUUUUCCAGUUGGUAGUGCAUAUAUGUCUCUGCUACUCUCUCACUUCGUCCCAGCUUCCCUUUCGCCCCCCACCCCCCCAACCCCGUGUCCUCCAGUCCAUUCUCUGCGUCUGCAUCCUUAUCCUUGCCCUGUGGGUCAGUUGUUGAUUGGGAGAAAUGGUCUGAUUUAGUACAGAAGGGAAAAAAAAUCUAUCACAAGUCACUGAUAGUUCGCAUCAUGUAAUACGCCAGUUACUAAGCAGAAAUGCUGACAUAUCUUGAGUGGUGGAAGGUGAAAAAAAAAUGGGUAGGAACAUUGGACACAAGUGUAGCUUCAAGAAUAAGUUGCUAGAAUAAGGAGAAUCACUAAAAAAUUGCUCUUUCAGCUUUAAUUCUGAGGCAAUACAGCCAUUUUGAUAAAUGGGAAAUUGAGUCAACUUAAGGUAGAAAUUUAAACAUCGCUGAAAGUAGGUUCUCUGAAAAUUAUGAUGGGGCAUGGAAACUAGUUACUAGUUGGGUGGCAACUAUGGCAGUUUUUUCAUGAUUUUAUACCUAGGAAGGGUUUGUUCCCUAAAGUAGUAAGACUAUAAUAAAAGAAUAUCUGACUACCUCAACUCAGAUUUUGUUCUGUUUUGUUUUUUUCUGUUGGAAUGUUGACAUCAGUGCAACUUUAACUCUGGUAUACUGUGAACUGAACUUUAUUCUUUACAAGGAAAAGACAAAGGUUUGAAAUGUAUGUUUGAACCAAAUGAAAUUGCCGUUUUUGUACGUUAAAUUCACAUGGUUCACCCUAAGACAGCUGCUUACUAGGGCCCGGUGUUUAUGGCUAAGGAAUGUUUUCCCUCCUGUAUCAGAUUCCAUCAUGGCACAGUUCUUUCAC